GCCAUCGUCACAGACCAUCACCAGUUUGAUCUUCCAGCUGAGCAGACGUCGUUGUGCCUGCAAUUGCUUGAUUUGCUAUCUCUUUUUAGAACUACACGAUGGGAAACGAGCAGUCGAUGCAGGGCCCGCGUGGCGGAGCCGUCGACAGCGCGCUGCUGAACUCCUUUGGAUUCCAUGUGCUUAAGAUUCUUGAUGGGUCGCUUGCUGCGGAGGCCGGGUUUGAGCCGAUGUUUGAUUUCAUUGUUGGGAUUAAUGGGCAUCAGAUUGAGGAGAGCAACCCCGAGCCCUUCGUGCAAGAGAUCCAGAACUGCGCCGGCAGAUCAGUCAGAUUCGCAGUAUUCAGCUACAAAGGCCAGCAACUCCGUGAGCUCUCGCUUUCUCUUCCCGCCAUCUCCGAAACAACGCCCAAAGUCGAGCUCGGGAUGGCUCUCCAAUGGGCUCCUCUCGCGCUCAGCAACCUCGUCUUCCACGUACUCGACGUGCAGCCCGCGUCCCCGGCGUUCAUGGCGCGGUUGAUCCCCGAGUCGGACUACAUAGUCGGGAUCGAGGGGUUCAAGCUGCUGAGCGAGAACGCGCUGGGCGAAGUGCUGGAAGCGAACGUGGACAAGGAUCUCACGCUGAGGGUGUAUAACGCCGACUACGACACCGUCCGGCUCGCGACGAUCGUGCCGGAUCGGAACUGGGGCGGCGAGGGCGUGCUUGGCUGUGGCAUUGGCUUUGGGUUUUUGCACAAGAUUCCCGCGUUUAACGAGCAGAUGCCGGUUCCAGGCGAGACCAUUUUCUCUGCGGACGAAGAGCCAGAGCAGGAGUCGAAAGACGAAGAUCUUUUCGAUCCCUCCGCGCAGAUUCCCCAGAUCGGCACCGCAGCUCCAACUACCUCCACUGCCCCCUCGACAUCAGCUCCCUCUGAAUCCCACCCCGAACCACAGACAUCAGCAGACCCGAUACCCAAGACCUCAACACCCCCACCCACCCUCUCGACCUCCCCGCAAAACCUCGCAUCAUCCCGCGUCCCACCUUCGCCCUCAGAGAUCGUGAUGCCAUCCUACAUGCGCCGCAAGCACCACAAACCCGGCGCGGCAGCAGGCCAGCUGGACGCUUACUUUGACGAGCAGGAGCGGAUUAGUAAAGAAGCAGACACGCCCGCGCCGACAAGCAGCAGCAGUAAAGCCAGCAUGCCGCCGCCGCCGCCGAAGGAUUCGGAGAUUAGACGGAAAAGCGCGAGCGAGGAGGCGCAGGAGGAAAAUAACGAGUCGGAGGACGACGUCGAGUAGCCCUUGUUUUUAUAUACAGUAGUUCUUAUAUACAGUAGUUUAUAGUAAUAACCAGUGAAUAGCUU